GGAAGCUGAGCGACAGUAUUUGAACUGGUGCUGGUAGCCGUCAGCUACGUUAUACCUUGUCCUAAAGUUCUUCAGUAGGACUGUUAAGCCUGUUGUUGAUUUUACUUGAUUUUUAAGGCUGCGUCGCGGCUACGGGAAGAGGACGGAUACAAAUAAUGCUCGCAGUCUUAGUGUGUGGAGCUGCGGUGUUCCCGGGGCUUUUCUACAGCUUCAGGAGAGUACUAAAAUCAACUUUCACACACUGGAGUGAUGCCGACGUGGUGUCGGUCAGUGAGAGGCUGGUUUCCGCCAUUCACGCAUCUCUGGCAACCGCAGCUGGAGUAACAGUCGUGACAUCCUGCAACAAUGUCAUGACUGACAGUCACUGGCUGGUUGAUGGGCUUGUUUUGUUCGGAGCUCCCUACAUGGCCCAUGACAUCUAUGCCAUGUAUCUGAGCCACUUUCAUACUCAGAAGGUCAAAGGCCAUGCCGGCGCACACGGCGGCCACUCUCUUCAGACAGUGAGGGCUUUCCUCUGCAAGGACUGGAUGUUGGUCCUCCACCACCUGGCGCUGCUCCUCCUUUUUAUGCCCAUAAGUCUGUUCUUCAGAAGAGGACUGGGCGAUUUCUUUAUUGGCUGCCUGUUCACCACAGAGUUCAGUACUCCUUUCAUCUCUAUAGGAAAGAUCCUCAUCCAGCUGGGCCUCGACAACACCAAACUGCACAGAAUCAAUGGCAUCAUUGUCCUCCUGAGUUUCUUCACGUGUCGGAUCCUGGUCUUCCCCUUCAUGUACUGGAUGUAUGGCCGGCAGUUUGGGAUCCCCCUGCACAGAGUGGCCUUCCAUCUGCCUCUGCAGUGCAACAUGGGUAACCUGGUGAUCCUGGCUCCACAGAUAUACUGGUUUAUCCUGCUGCUGAAGAAAGCUAACAGACUCUACUUGAGACAGAAGAGAGGGAGAGGAGACGGAAACAAAGACAGGCCGAAGACAGACUGAAGAGUCCGCCCGUUUCCAAAAAUAACCUGGUUGGAUGCUGAGAUCAAAGAUCCUUAUUGGGGCCACUGUUGGGGGAAGGGACAGAGAUUUCCAGAGAAUCUCAAUCUCUCAGAAUCUUUUACAUGAAAUACUUGAAAAUUUUGAAUUAUUUAAAGAAAAAAAGUCAGAUACUUUGAGAAAAAGUAGCAAAAUUUUAGACUAAAAAUAUAUUUGGGGAAAAAACUCAUUUGGAUAGUCGUAAUUUUACAUGUACCCUUUUCUUGAAAUAUAUAUAUUUUUUUUCUCAAUCUUAAUUUUCUUCAUAAAUUUCCACUUCCUGAAAUUAUAAAAAAAAAAAUUCCCAAAUGUCUUUUUUCCUGAAAUACUGUGAAUUUGUUCUCAUAAAUUUUCAACUUUAUUCUCAAAAUCUUUUUUUUUUUCCUAACAUUGUUGCACAGAACUCGAAGUGUUUGUCAGCUGUUACUAUGUGAUAACUGUCUUAAAUGUUGCGUUACAGCUUGUCUAACAAAUAUUGGUAAAAAUAAAGUGUUGAAAGUAACUCUUUGCUGCUGAAGGGUUUGAUGAUGGUAAGGGGGUAUGCAGGACUAAACAUAAGGUGUCCCAGGUGUACAGUCGAUAAAAUUGUAAUUGAACUCCAAGUUUACUCUCUAGUUCAAAUUAGCAUGCAAUCUCUGCCACUACGUCCUAGUCAAGAACCUCUAACAGUUCAAUUUCAGAGUAGAAAUGAAUAUUACUGAGACAGCACAAGAAGGCACUUGCUGUGAAAUUUUAGGUUUUUA